AACAGCCCAGAGGACAAACCUGCUUUCUGACUACCUGCUUUCAUAAAAGUUCCAGGACUCCUUUACUGUCCUCUGGUGGCAAGAUGAAUGCGUGCAGUUGCUUGGCUGUGGAGGGAACCGAACGUGGGUGUGCAGGGAAUAAAGGAUAAGAGCUUUCAUCACAACAACAGCAGGAGCAGAGAUGCAGAAGCUCUCAAACAGCCAGUGACCCUCAAAGGGGCUUCAGAACGAAGGAAUGAAACACCUCAGCUGCUUCAAAGACCUGGAUGCAAAGAGAAGCUUUAUCCAGUGUGUCACUUAACGCCACACACUUUUUCUUGAGGAAUAUUGGCUCCAGUUUUUUUCUUCCCAGAUCUCUGCUUGGAAUAGUAAGAACAAUUUUGCCUUAAAAGUGGAAACAUCUAGACAACGGUGUGAUUCUGCCUCUGCUACUUUUCGUCUGCUGCUCUUUUUCUAAGCAUUUGGACGACGCAACAGUGUCUGCAGAAGACUGUCAUUCGCAAUGGUUGCAGGCUUCGAGAAAGCAUGCCAUCGAUGCAUCUCCAAAAUUGCCAGCAAUGCUUGCUUCAUUUUUGGACUCCUUGCUUUCCUAGCAUUACCACUGUCUAUGGCUUUUACAGGAAUGAAGUUUUUAGACGACUGUCCAGUCCAGCCGCUAAUCCCCUUAUAUCUGCUUGUGGGUGGUGUGGUUGGCAGUUUGAAGGUUGGUCUUCUGCUCUUUGACUCCACCCGGAUGAGGCAGCUGCUCACCAAAUCGGUUAUGAUUGACGAUGACGAUGACGACGAGUAUCCCUGGAGACAGAAUGCUCACAAAUAUUACAUACACCUCACCCUCAGCCUCUUCCUCUUCCUCUGGUUCAUCCUGGGGAACUACUGGGUGUUUUCCGUCUACCGGCCCAAUUUCAUCCCACCUUUCCACCACCCUCAAGAUUACUGUGAUAAAAUCCUGUACGUUUUUGCAGUUGGGGUGCUUGUCGUGAGCCACACCGUUCUGGCUUUGCUGAUCUUCUGCAGCUGCUGUGUUUAUUGCUGCUCCAGGCAACGAUAUGCUACAGAGGAGGACUGAAAAGGGGGUGGAAAGCCAUAGAAGAUGAGCCAUGGGACUAUUAGAGAAGCAACAGGGAAGAGAAAGAGGCAAUUCUGGUAUUUGUUGGUCAUGCUCACCCUCCCUGCACACAUAGUGCAUAUGACUAGCAAACUCCAUGGAGGUCUUUUUUUACAUGAUUACUUUUUUCUCCCCUGUGGAAAUAAAUGGGGAUGAUAGACAAAGUCUGUAUAUUUGAAAGGUAGUAAAAAGGGUCUUUUUUGCUCUGGCGCAUGCCAGGGAAAGCAUCAACUUCCCAGUGCAUGCCCUGGAAGUGAGACGCUUGCACUGCCACACCACGCCUUUUUUUUUAAUGCUUUCUCAAACGUAUUUACUGAUUUCAGUGGUAGAAAUGAUGGAACGUGGGGCGGAGGUGAGAAUGAGGGUAGCGUUGGGCACACAAGUAAAUCACUAUUCUCCCCCGCCCCCAUAGAAAAUGCAGGUAUGAUGUAGUUAAAUUGGGACAGGAAGUCUGAAAGCUGCUCCAGCUUGUCUGCCUAUUGAGUAUUCAUGUUGAUUUGCUUGCACAGACGUUAGACGAUGUUUGGUCAUUAUUGAGUGUUUGUUCCUAUUUGUUUGUGGAGAGGAUAUACGACAAUGAGCAUUUGCUUGCACAGAGCUUAUACAGCUUUCCAUUAAUGAUUUAUAUCACACUUUUUAGAGCAUUUCCACAUCAUUUUCUUUUUUUCAAGUGGGUUUCUAGCAGCAGAACACUGCACAAACCUGCAUUUUGGCUAUGUGACUGAAUCCCAGUUCUUUUCUUUCAAAGAAAGUGGCAGAUUAUGUUUUCUUUGGUUUGUACAAAAAGUUUUUUUUGAAGGACUACAGUAAUGAACAAUUUUUGAUCACCUACUCAAAGGUCCCUGGUUUCAUCUCUAAACCACUGCAAGAGGUGUGAAUUUGCAUAUUACAUGUACAUAUUACAUUUGCUUUGAUAUUGCAUUCUUUGUACUUUCAGAAUUUCAGCUUGUUUCCUAGAAUGAUGCAUGUUGCGUAUAUCUUCUUUGUGGAUUGAUGUGAUGAAACAGCUACUUCUUCAUGACAGCUGUAAUGUGGCAAUAAGGCAGCAGCACUGAGAUUGCUUUGUUCCAGAACCUGGUGCAUCCAAAUCUAUGGUACCCAAAAAUGGUAUGAAAUGUGUUCUAUUUGGUACUUUUCCUCCAUGUAACAUCACUAAGCAGUCAUCUGUACAGGAUUUUUUUUUUAAAUUUACAAAUAAUAGACAGGAGUUUUAAAAACCUAAAUGCAGUGAUACCUCGGAUUACAGACUCUUCAGGUUACAGACUCCACUAACCCAGAAAUAUUACCUCGGGUUAAGAACUUUGCUUCAGGAUGAGAACAGAA